AUGAAGCCCCGUCUGCCCUCGUCUUUAGUGGGGAGUGUUCCCUCGCGCCCCCUGACACUAGGGCGUGUGCUCAAGCUGUGGCUGUGUGAGUUGUGGCUCCUACUGAUGGGCUCUGGUUUGAACGCCAACUUCCUGCCUCAUGAAGAGGAUGUGGACUUUAUCAACGAGUACGUGAAUCUCCACAAUGAUAUCCGAGGCUCCGUCUUCCCCGCAGGGUCUAACCUGCGCUUCAUGACUUGGGAUGUAGCUUUAUCACGUACGGCUAGGGCAUGGGGGAAGAAAUGUCUGUAUCAGCGUAAUACUCAUUUAGACAAAGCCCACGAGUCCCAUCCCGUAUUUAAUGGUAUCGGUGAAAACAUGUGGGUUGGCCCUGAAAAUGAAUUUACCGCAAGCAUCGCCAUCAGAAGCUGGCAUGAAGAAAAGAAAAGUUAUAAUUUUCAAAAUGACACUUGCCUUGAGGAUGAAAACUGUUCCCAUUAUAUUCAGCUUGUUUGGGACAACUCCUACAAAGUUGGUUGUGCUGUUACUCCAUGCCCAAGAAUUGGAAAUAUCCACUUUGCAGCACUUUUCAUAUGCAACUAUGCACCAGGAGGAACGCUGACAAGGAGGCCUUAUCAAGCAGGGGCAGUUUGUUCCCGGUGUGACAGUGCCGACAGAUGCACAGACUUUCUAUGCAGUAACGCAGAUCGUGACCAAGCUACAUAUUACCAGUUCUGGUACCCGCCUUGGGAAGUGCCCCGCCCCCUUGUGUGCGAUCCUCUGUGCUUGUUUACCGUUUUCCUGAGAGGGGCGUGUUUCAUGCUGUGCGUUAUCGUUGUCUUCGUCAUACAGUCUCGAUUUCCAGAUGUCUUAGCCGAAAAGCAGAUGCUCUCCGACAGUAGAUUUUCAACAGAGGAGGAAAUGAGGAGCAAGGAAGAAGAAGACGAGACGGAGGGGGCCAGUGAGGAAGGAGAGGAAGAGGAAGAUGAAGGCUAG